GUGCUGUGGUAAAGAAUGUCUUGUUGGUGUGCUGAGAGUACAUAAGUAUGUUUGAUGUAUAUGAUGGUGUCAGUUAAUGUAAAAGCAAGUUUCCAUUAUCCUUAUUUUGUUUUAGUCUUAACCAAAGUGUUUCUGGCCAAAUCCUUCUGUUUUUGUAGCCUUGAUCAGCUUGUCCUUUGGUGGAGCCAUCGGACUGAUGUUUUUGAUGCUUGGAUGUGCACUGCCAGAGUACCAACGAUACUGGCCCCUGUUCCUUCUCUUCUUCUACAUCCUGGCUCCGAUUCCCUACUGCAUCUCACGAAGGGUGGUCGAUGAAACAGACUCUGCCAGUAAUGCCUGCAAAGAACUGGCCUUAUUUCUCACGACCGGGAUAGUGGUGUCUGCCUUUGGACUGCCCAUUGUUUUUGCCCGUGCAGAAGUGAUUGCCUGGGGAGCUUGUGCACUUGUGUUAACGGGCAACGUAGUCAUCUUCACCACCAUCUUGGGAUUCUUCUUGGUCUUCGGAUCCAAUGAUGAUUUCAGUUGGCAGCAGUGGUAAAGUGAGGCCGGGACCGGGGACCGGAGUCUGAACUGUUUUUAUGACUCACAUUGUAAUUAUUAUUACUAUUGUUGUCGUUGUUGUUAUUUAUGAGACCGCCCAUCCAUAGUCGCAGGAACACAGUGCAAUAAGCUGUUUAAAUGUCAUGGAAAUGUUGAACUGACGUCAGACCAACACCUUUGUUUGAACUAGGCUGAAUGUCUGAAUCUGACAUUGUUUUUUAUUUUAUUUUGGUUUGUUUCAAUCUGCAUUUAUUUCCAAUUAUUCUGUUCAUUGAUCCUCCAUGGGCAGGUAUCCCAGUUUAUGAUCAGCUUGGUGACAGAAGACCUUGUCAUAGUGUUGGGAGAGAAUGAAAACCAGGACAUAUUCUCAGUUUCCAUGGUGCUUUAGGAGCACGCAUGAUUUGGGUUGUUAAGUUCAGACUGUAGUAUUGCUAUUUGGAAGCGAGAAUAUAACAGAUUCAACAUAUGCCAUUAUUAUGUUGAAUGAAUAGCACAAAGGGAUACUAGUUUUGCUGCUGACUGGCAAGUAAACUACUCUGGUAAACCCUACUUAUCAUUGGGAAGUGGGAAGAGAGUGUUCUCCCUCUAAGUUUGGUCUAGGUUCAGUGUGUAUGGACAGGCAGUUCAUUACUCUAGCUUUGCAUCUCCAUUGAAUAUAUUGACACAAAUAGGUGAAAAGCUUUUGAGGUCAGCUUGGACUGAUUGAGAACGACAGAGUAGCUUUUUACACCACAUAUGGGUGGCUGCCUCUCGCAUUAAACAUAGUCAAAUACACUGUCUGCUUUUACCAUGGAAAUGGUCAUCAGUAACCAAUCAUGUAACAUAUUGCGAAUAAUCCAGUUAUCACGUUUAUUGCGGCAUGGCACGUAUGUCAUGGAUUUGCAUUGGAGAGAGGUGGAUGACAAAAAAAAGAAAAAAGAAACCAGGCUUUUGCUAUUGCUAGUAAGUUACUGUUGAAAAGUUCUCAAGAGAUUCGUGCUGAGUAUCAGCUGGGGAGUUAGCUGUUACAUGUUAAUGGAAUUAGCUGACGCUAGGUCAGGAAGCAUCUGUUUUGCCAUGUGUACUAUAUUAGGCGCCCUCUCUUAGUGACUUUGACCCUUGCGUGGGCGCAUCACAAGUUCUCCAGCGUUAACUCCUAGGUUCACUUUCUGUGCGUAUUGUCUAUACUCCAUAGGGAUUAUACAUGUUAAAGAAAAAGAAUCAUCCAAAAAAAAAAAAAAGAACAUUUUCAGAAGCACUGAUGAGAAUCUGGUACCUCUCUCUCUCUGUCUGUUUAUUUAUUGAUUUUGUUGUUUUAUACUCUCUCUCUUAGCCAUUGUGUUGCUCUCCUGCAGAGACCAUAUUUCCUGUUACAUUCUGGUUUGUUCUUGUUAUUAUGACAGCCCUUUUGCACCUUUUACAUAUUUUUAGCAAGAUGUCUUGAUUUUGGAAUCAUUAGUUAUCUUCGCAGUAAUGCACUGGCAGGAGUACCUAUGUUUUUCUGACAUUACAUGCAGUUACAUGUCUGACAAAGCUAUCCAAAUCUUUAUAUAGUACUGAGGAAAUUGUUUGCCUACCUUCAUGCACAACAUUUUUGUUCUCAAAAACAAAUAUAUACCUUAGCAACUAGGUCAUCGGCUUUCAUAGAAAGACACUGAGGUGAUUUAUAUUAAGAAUCUAUAAUGACAUUGGGAGAACUUGUCAGUCUGAAUUGCAUGAAUCAGAAGUUUGGUCUCUGGACCAAAUAUUGAAUUUAAAAUCUGCUCGGCCUGCUUCAUGGAAGACAGUAAACGUGUCCUCUUGCCCAUCAGAGCUCAGAAUCGAAUCUCUCCAUGUAACAAGAGGCUUUGUGUUGAUGUCCGACGCUGUUUUAUAUCUAUGCCUUUGUGUGUUAAAGGGGCUCAAGUCAACAUGGUGAUUUCUUUUUUUAAAUAAAUGCCAUUUUUGAAUCUA